AUGAAGAACGGCACCAUCACGGCGGAUGAAAUUCUGGAGCAAAAACCGAAGCGUUUGUCUCACGACGACGAAACGAAGUUUUUGCACUCUAUGCGCCCAAACUCGCCUCAAGUUGGCGAUCAACCGACGGUUGUCUUGAAAGUCGGGACGUCCUCUUUGCUUCGCGGUGAUUGCUUGCAUUUAUCCAUGCUCGGAUUUCUCGCGGAAACGUGCGCGGAUCUCAGUAAACGCGGGAUGAGAGUCGUGGUCGUGACAUCAGGAUCUGUCGGUGUCGGCUGCAAGAUUCUAAAUUCGCCGAAACCGAAAGAUUUGGCUGGAAAGCAAGCGUUCGCUGCGGUUGGACAAGUGCAUCUCAUGCGCAUGUAUGAAGACUUCUUUACGACGUUGGACUUGAAGAUUGCGCAAGUGUUGGUAAGUUUAGACAACAUGCUCGAUCGAAAGCAAUACGAGAACGCCAAGAGCACGUUCGGCGCUCUUUUAGAGAGACACAUAAUCCCAAUUGUGAACGAAAACGAUACCGUAGCCGUUCAAGACGUCAAAUUUGGAGACAAUGAUACGUUGAGCGCGCACGUCGCGGCUUUAGUCAACGCUGACUACCUUUUUCUACUCACGGACGUGGACGGCUUAUACACCGCCAAUCCGUACAAAAAUCCGGACGCGAAAUUAAUCAGCGUGGUAGAAAACGUUGAAGACCUCGAGGUGACCACGGAUGGUGCUGGUUCGGCUCUGGGAACCGGUGGAAUGGCUACCAAGCUUCUCGCGGCUAGAUACGCAACCUCUGCUGGCGUGAACACCGUCAUCAUGAACUCGAACAACAUGAAUAAAGUUCAAUCGGUUGUCCAAGGCGCAAGUAUCGGGACGCUCUUUUUGGCGAUGCCGAAACCGUUGAAAGGCCGGAAGCGUUGGAUUCUGUUGCAACCGGUGAUGGGCCACGUGUUUGUGACGAAAAUUGCCAUGCAAGCGAUUGAAAAAGAUAGCUCGUUGUUCGCUGCCGGUAUCAUAUCUUGCGGAGGCGACUUUGACGUCGACGAUUGCGUCACGAUUAACUACAGAGAUAAAGAAACAGGUGAAGAGAAAGAAGUUGGUAAAGCCAUUGUGAAUUACUCGUGCGCGGAUAUGGAUUUAUAUAAAGGAAAACAAACGGAAGAGUUCUUUGAAUUGGUUGGGUAUUCAGGAGCGGAAGCUAUUUGCCACAAAAAUAACAUCUGUUGUUGGAUCCCGGGUGGAGAAGAACCGUCCUCGACGUCGUAUUUGAAUCUCUCCGGGCUCUGCGUAACCGAAGAAGGCAUAGAAGAAGAAGAAGAAAAAUAA